GUGAAGGAUUGUGUCGAGCAAUUUUUUCUCUUUUUGAGCAAUCAAGAUUGCGUCUAGUCGUCAUUUUGUCCAACUCCUGACGUUUCCCAAAAUCUUCUCUUUGUGAUUGGUAGAAAAAGAGGGACGCGGUUUAUGACUCGGUUUCUGAUAGGUAAAUAACUAGUCACGUGAUCCAUUGCUCGCUUUUUGAUUGGUAAAUUGCUAUUGCUUCAUGUGGUGAGCGGAUGUUGUAACUGUUCUGCGACAAGGUACUUUGACUGGCAUCAAAUAACAAUGAGAGAACACAAAGCCAUGUUAGGAAUAGUUGAUUACAUCGUCAUCCUCGUCAUGCUUCUAAUGUCAGGCGGUAUCGGUGUCUAUUUCCGUUUUGCAGGACGAAAGCAAAAAACGGCAGUGGAAUAUUUGCUAGCGGGAAAGAAUAUGGCCAUCUUCCCUGUGACAUUUUCUUUGAUGGCCUCUUUCUUAUCAUCUGCUACAAUUCUUGGGAUGCCGGCCGAGAUGUACCGGUAUGGAACUCAGUACGCAUUGAAAAUCGUUGGUGUCGCAAUUGGAAUACUUCUCUCAUCCUUUCUUUUCUUACCAGUGUUCUUCCAGAUUCAAGUUCCAACCGCAUAUGAGUACAUACAGAGGCGCUUUGGAAAACUAACAAGAAAUGUGUGCUCUUUUUUCUUUGUACUGCAAUCGAUUCUGUACCUGGCUGUCGUACUUUAUGGUCCGGGUCUUGCUUUAAGUGCAGUUACAAAUCUGUCCGUCUGGGUGUCUGUGAUUUCCAUAGGAACAGUUUGUACGUUCUAUUGCACGCUAGGCGGUAUGAAAGCUGUAUUGUGGACAGAUGUUUUCCAAAGCGUGUUAAUGUUUUUUACUAUGUUUGCUGUUAUUAUCAAAGGUUGCAUCGACUUGGGAGGAGUCCCAGAAGUUGUAAAUAUUGCUAAUGAAGGAGGAAGGCUUCUGUGGCCAGGAGUGGAAUUGGAUCCCAAAGUUCGCUAUACCAUAUUCAAUCUUCUUCUUCAAGGUGCAAUCAGUGGUCUAGCUGGCUACGGUACAAGCCAAGUUCAAGUUCAAAGAUUGUUGACGGUUAAAAGUCUUGCACGAUCAAGAAUGGCGUUGUAUUUGAGUAUUCCUCUGUGUUGUGCUUUUAUGUUCCUGAACUGUUUUACUGGUAUUGUUAUCUACGCUUAUUAUGCCAAAUGUAAUCCGAUGACGUCUCCCAGUAAGCCUAUAUCAUCUGCGGAUCAGUUACUUCCAUACUUCAUUAUGUCUACUCUGAGCAAUUAUCCAGGUUUGGCAGGAUUGUGCAUCUGUGGAAUUUUUAGUGCUGCACUAAGCACUUUGGUCUUCCGGGAUUAACUCUUUAGAGUGCUGUAACAACAGAAGACCUAAUUCGUCCUUUCUGCAUAUCUCGGAAAAAUUUCAGAAGCAAAGAUAGCUGUUUCUGCAAAAGUUGCUACUGUGUUUUAUGGUCUUCUAUGCUUUUGUUUCACUGCCGUUGUCUCUAAGUUUGGCAAUUUAGUUCAAAUAACUUUGACAGUUUAUAGUUUGAUCAAUGUGCCAAUCAUGGGAGUUUUCUUUCUUGGGAUGAUGACACGAAGAUCUAAUGAAAAAGGUGUAAUUGUGGGCUUAGUUGUUUCCAUCGCUUUAACAACGUGGAUUAGUUUUGCAUCAGCUGUCAACGGUCCACCAUCAAAACCUCUUCCAGUGUCCAUAGAAGAAUGCAGUUUAAGUGAAUUCGUAAAUUCAACUGUGUUGGCGUACAAUAAUCUUUCGAAUCCAGAGGAUUAUGUGACAAAGGAAAUGACACUGCCCACGAAUGUUACAUCAGUAUCAGGAAAAGAUUUCAACGAUGCAUUUUACCUCUAUAAAAUUUCAUUCAUGUGGUAUCCGCCUAUUGCAUUUGUGACCUGCAUAGCAAUAGGUUACUUGUCAAGCAUUUUAUUAAAUUUGUUUACUGGUGAAACAAAAAGCACUUCUGAAGAACUACUAAGCCCUGUCUUUAAGUUUUUCUCCAAAAAAUCUGAUGGAGAGGAAAAAGAGCAAAUUGAAAUGUAACUAAAGAAAAGGAAAAAGAGUGACAUCAAAGAAAGUUCU